UUGUAUUUGAGGUGAUUUGGACGGGAUGGAGAGCUGUGCUGGAACCAAACUGAACAAGCACACAGCUUUUAGCUACAGGAGUUUUGAGAGUCCGUCUGAGUUUACUGAUGAAUCGCCGUCAAAUGACAGUAAACAGGAUUUGAAGCGCAAAUAUGAUCCCAUCCAGUUGAAAGACAUGUCCUCUGGAAGCUCAGAGAUGUCGGACCAAAGCUUCUCCAAGCUCAAAGAGACAGACGAGGAAUGCUGUAGCCCGGAAACUCCUGUGCAAAUAUACAGUGUGGCCAUCGUCAUUGCAGUUGGCGUAACCAUUGCUUUGUUUCUGCAGAUUCAUCUGGAUGCAAGCUUGGUAUGCUGUGUGACUCGUGCAUCUGAACUGAUUGCAUUCCUCGUAGUCCUUACAGCUGCAUUGCAGGUCACGAUAAAAGGCGUGCUAUCGGAUCACGACCGCUGCACCGUGCUCAGUGAAGGAGUGCUCCGCGAUGGUGGGUCCAGUGUAGAUGCAGCCAUCGCCGGUGCCCUUUGCUUGGGCAUUGUUCAUCAGCAUGUGUCCAGUGUAGGGGGAGGGGGGGUGAUGUUGGUUCAUGACAUCAAAAGGAAUGAAACCAGGGUGAUAAAUUUUCAAGGAUCUACACCUGAAUUAUUAAGAGACGAGAUGCUGCAAAAUCCUUCAGAGAUGAAGGCAGGUCUCCUUGUGGGAGUGCCGGGAAUGCUAAUGGGGUUUCACCGUGCUCAUCGGCUGUAUGGAAGUUUGCUCUGGGAGGAUGUUGUCGGCAGAGCUGCAAGUGUGGCCAGAGAAGGGUUCAAUGUGUCACAUAGUCUGGCUGAUGCAGUAUCAAAAAUGGAAGGUACAGAGCUUCCCAAGCAUUUCCGGGACGUAUUCCUCCCAGAAGGCCGUGGUCUGAGUCCUGGUUCUUAUGUGAGGAUGCCAGAGCUGGCGGAUGUCCUGGAGGCUGGCGUCUGGAAUUUCUACAGCGGAACUUUCUCACAGGAGAUGGAGAAUGAGGUGCGAAAACACGGAGGGGUCCUGAGUAGAGAGGAUCUGGGCAACUACACUGCAGAGAUACAACAGGCCCUGGAGGGUGGAUUCAGGGACUUCAUCAUUCAAGUCCCUCCUCCACCUUCUGCUGGUGCAUUGUUGAUCGGAGCUCUCAAUCUCCUAGAAGGUUUCCAUUUUAAAGAAAAUGGUGUCAAGGAGAAACAAGUAUACCACUGGAUUGAGGAGGCUCUGACAACAGCGUUCACUGUGGCUGCUGGACUAGGUGACCAUAGGAACAACUUGACAGAUGAUCUUCUCUCCUCAAUGCUCAAUAAAAGUCAGGCCGAAAUCCUACGCAACAAGAUGAUUCACUUGCAGUCGCUCCGCAACUCCACCAGCUACUCCUUCCCAGCAGAACUGCUGACUGCACAAGUUGUUGUCAUGGGACCAGAUAACCUCAUGGUAUCUGUUGCAAGUUCCUUAAAUGGACCAUUUGGAAGCAGGAUCCUGACUCCAUCAGGGAUUCUUCUCAACAGCCUAAUUCUUGACUUUUUCUGGCCAAAUAAAACCUCAGUAAAACCUCCAACUGAACAGUUUCAGGAAAACCGUGUUGGAGCAAGAAAGAGGCCUCUGACUCUUCUAAUGCCUGCAAUGCUCGUGCCUUCCUGGGAUGUAUGUGGGACCUACAUGGCUCUGAGCAGUUCAGGUGGACGAAGCCACCUGAAUAAAAUCACACAGAUGCUGGUGAAUGUACUGUUCCUCCAUAAAGAGAAAAACGACAGCCUCCCUUUAAGAAGACUCCACACUCAACGUGAGCCGUAUUGACUCUACAUUUACAACAGACGUGUAGUUUCUCAAACCACAGACUACGUGACCCUUGAGUUGCAGACAAUUUCUACAAGCAGAGUCCAAUGAAUAAAACGUAAUGAUAUGACCUCAA